GUUGGCUGUGAUCGCAGCAAAAACCUGGUGGAUAUUUGUGGAGAAAAAAAUUUCCAGGCUUUUGUCUGCGAUGCCCUGUCGGUGCCAAUCCGCAGUGGUUCUUGUGAUGCCUGCAUCUCUAUUGCCGUAAUUCACCAUUUCUCAACAGCGGAGAGGAGAUUGGCUACUAUCCGUGAACUAGCCCGGCUUCUAAGACCUGGUGGAAUGGCACUCAUUUAUGUCUGGGCAAUGGAACAAGAAUACAAAAAUCAGAAGUCUAAAUACCUUAAGGAAAAGAAUGGUAGUAAAGACAAGGAGGAGGAAAUCAAUACUGGCACAGCCCAGAGACCACUUAUUGAUCAAAUGCCUGAUAGCAGCAGCCAAGACUCAUCAUGUUCUGACCGACUCCUUACUGAUUCAAAGGAUGAAGGCUGUGACGCAAAGCCAGUCGCAGACUCCAGACUGCCUGUUCACACUAACCGAACCUCCUUCCACUCUCAAGAUUUGCUGGUUCCCUGGCACCUGAAAGGUGGCACUAAAAAGAAAGGGGAAAGUGUUGAUACAGUGUCGCUUCCAGCUGGCUCUAAGGAAUCACAAGAACUCAGACCCGUUUUCCAUCGUUAUUACCAUGUGUUCUGUGAAGGGGAACUGGAAGCAGCAUGCAGAUCCGUGGAUUGUGUGAGGGUUCAAAAGAGUUACUAUGAUCAGGGAAACUGGUGUGUGGUUCUAGAAAAGCUGUAG